AGAUCAACCAGUAAUCACCAUCGUCUCUCACACUGCCAUGGUCUCUCCGACACGAAAAGCCACCAACAACGUUUCCUAUUUUCCACCGGGGAGUGUGACUUCGACUCUUUAAAACAAAGCCAUGCUGCCGGACAUUAAAACCCCGCGGAUAUAAGCAACACUGGAGACCAGAAAGUAGCUACCACCACACGGAAACCACAAAGAAGAAGAAGAAGCCGUCGGUGCUUUUUGUUUUUUUUCACGCUCGGAGGGAAAGACGGCAUCCGGCCUGAGAAGAAGCUCCGAGGUCGGGGACUCCGGUCGGAGUAACGCUCAUCGUUUCUGAGCACAGCAGUCAUCAAACCAGAUUCUCAAGGUGCAGACUGGAAAUCUGAAGUGACAGAGCAUUUACGGUGGCUGCUCCACAACUGCGCAGCUGUGGCUGUCUUCAGGCCUCCCCUUCCUGAGAGCUCCAUGGAGAAAAUGAAGCGGUUCAAACGGCGUCUCUCUCAGACGCUACGAGGCAGCCACACCAUUGAUGAGUCGCUGUCAGAGCUGGCUGAACAGAUGACCAUCGAGGAGAACGGCCUGAAGGACAGUGAGCCCAUAGUGAGGAAUGGCCGUCCUCCAUCAGCACACAGUGUCCACUCCUUCCUCCACCAGUACACAGGCUCCUUUAAGAAGCCGCCACUGAGACGGCCUCAGAGCGUCAUCGGGGGAGGCCUGGGCUCACUCAUGGUCAUGCCUCGCAACGGCAGUCGCCUUGAUAUCGUCCAUGAGAACCUGAAGAUGGGCUCGGACGGGGAGAGUGACCAGGCGUCUGGGACUUCCUCUGAUGAGGUGCAGUCACCCACGGGAGUUUGUCUGAGGAACAGAGGGAACAGACGUAUCUCUGCUGAGGACCUAAACAAACGUCUCUCCCUGCCGGCCGACAUCCGGAUACCUGACGGUUACCUGGAGAAGCUGCAGCUGAGCAGCCCGCCCUUUGACCAACCGCUGAGCCGACGCUCUCGUAGAGCUUCACUGUCAGAAAUUGGAUUUGGGAAGUUGGAGACUUACAUCAAACUGGACAAACUGGGGGAGGGUACAUACGCCACCGUAUUCAAAGGGAGGAGUAAACUGACUGACAACCUGGUGGCACUGAAGGAGAUCAGACUGGAACACGAGGAGGGGGCACCAUGCACAGCCAUCAGAGAAGUGUCGUUACUGAAGGACCUGAAACACGCCAAUAUUGUGACGCUGCAUGACAUUGUCCACACAGACAAGUCGCUCACACUCGUCUUCGAGUACCUGGACAAAGACCUGAAGCAGUACAUGGAUGACUGUGGGAACAUCCUGAGCAUGCAGAAUGUCAAGAUCUUUUUGUUUCAGAUCUUGCGAGGCUUGGCGUACUGUCACAGGCGGAAAGUUCUCCAUCGAGACCUGAAGCCCCAAAAUCUUCUCAUCAACGACAGGGGAGAACUCAAACUGGCCGACUUUGGCCUGGCGAGGGCCAAGUCGGUGCCCACUAAAACAUACUCUAACGAGGUGGUAACGCUCUGGUAUCGGCCUCCUGAUGUGCUGCUGGGCUCCUCUGAGUAUUCCACACAGAUCGACAUGUGGGGUGUGGGCUGUAUAUUCUACGAGAUGGCUGCCGGCAGACCCCUGUUCCCCGGCUCUACAGUGGAGGACGAGCUGCACCUCAUCUUCAGGCUGCUAGGCACUCCCACAGAAGACAGCUGGCCUGGAAUCUCCUCCAUCGACGAGUUCAAGUCCUACAAGUUCCCCAAGUACAAGGCCCAGCCGCUCAUUAACCACGCACCAAGGUUGGACACUGAUGGCAUCGACCUGCUGAUGUCAUUUCUAAAAUACGAGUCGAAAAAGAGGACCUCUGCUGAUGAAGCGAUGAGACAGCCGUACUUCAGGAGCCUGGGGCCACGCGUGCACACACUGCCAGAGAACAUAUCCAUAUUCACACUGAAGGAGGUCCAGCUGCAGAGAGAUCCCGGCUACCGGAACUCAACUUACCCUGAGUCAGGCAACGGAAAGAGCAGAAGACAAAGCAUGCUGUUUUAGAUUUUCUGGACUGUAUUUUUUUAUUUGGGAAGGAUCUCCUUGCUGUACAGUAACCUGAGAUGGAUGUUGGCGCUGAGCAUCAUCAUCAUCAUCAUCACUCCUCAGAAAUGACUUGGGGAAACUCGUCCACAGUGCGGCCUCCCCCCCUCCCCCCUGCUCGCCAGGUUUGGCCUGAGGCGGGCCCAAAAGAGACAUUUAUAUACUGUACAUCUAUAUUUAUUGAGAAGAGAAUUUGCUGCUAAAUACAACUACUGUCUAGAAUUCUAACUGGCUCUGUCACUUUAAUGAGUACAUGCAAUGUGUAUAGUUUUUUUUCUUUGAAGUGGUGGUAUUUUUAGUGAUCUUUUUUGUCAUUAUUUCCAUUUUCAUACGAACAAAAGUGCACCUCAAAGCUCCUUGGCGUGUGUGGGCGUGUGAGAUGCACAGAGGGAUGUCUCUGUAGCUAUAAGGUUUGAUUUUCUGUCUCUGUUGCCACUUUGCUGCACACAUAAUACACAACCAUUUUUUUCUGAAGGUUUCUGAGGCCAGAUUUGACGCAACUGAUCAUUUUAUCCUAACUGGAGGCUCUCAUGAGAGCUGUGCGUUCCUGUCAGAUGCAGGCGUAUCAUUCCAGGAUGCUGCGGUCUCUUGUUGUGACCAAUGAACAAAUGCAAGGAGUAGGGGGAAAAAAGCAAUGUAGGAUUAUUAACAAGGGCAUUACAGGAUUAGUUCUGCCUCCUAAAUUCUUCAGAAGAGAUUAAACUGCCGUGAACAACCGUCUCAUCCUUUCCCACCUCAAUCUGACGCGUGAUCUGCUGCGGUCUGUUACAAAGACAAGGUUCCAGGUGUCUGCCACUCUGCCUUUGCGAAUUACAGAUGUGUUCUCCCUUCUGUCAUUCCCAUCUCCCAUCAUCUGUAAAAAUGGAUCCUUUUUCCUUUUUGGACUGCCUCCAUCAUUGUGUUGCAUGCCUGCUCUGUUGUAUGAGGAAGCACACAGCCACUGAACUCCUGAUUCAGGGAGCACUAGCUAUAGUCCUGCCCCUAGUGAAUAUGAGUCAAAGUCUAUUUAACAGUGUUACCAGAGAUGUUUUGUAUGAUAUUCUUUAACUUUAUUUGUGGAUCAUUGUUAUUGGUGUGGGAUUUCAUUGCAGAUACCCUCCCAUAUUUGAGCUUUUUCCAGAGUAAAGAAAAUAAAAUCUAAAGUUUAAACAGAAAUAUUUUGCAUUGUUUUU